UAUGUAACGAGAAAAAUGGGUUCGACGUUGAAGUACGCUUUUAUUUUGAAAGUGAUGACCGGAAGUCUGUACUUCCAGCCUCCAGUCUCACAGGGUUUUCGCAGCCUACGUGCAGGCAGACAUGAGCAUUCCCUGGUGAAGAAGGAGGAAGUUUCCAGAUCCAUUCAAAACACGACCAGUCUCCUGCCGGAGCCGGUGGAGGUGACGAUGCUCCUGAGCAGCCUGUGUGUGGCCCUUCUCCUCCCGGUUAUGGCCCCGGUUGACGCUCAGUAUGAGACGUACAGCUUUAAAAGUUUCCCUCAGAAGGACAUCAUGCCGCUGGACACCGCGUACGGACACGCACUGGAGCAGUACGGAGCGCAGAACUGGGCAGAGAGCAUCAAAUACCUGGAGCUCAGCCUGCGGCUCCACCGGCUCCUGCGGGACAGCGAGGCGUUCUGCGGCCGCAACUGCAGCUCCGUGAGCCGGGACAACGACACCCUGUCCGCCGACAGCAGCCUGCGCCUCAUGCGCCACAUCCUGCUGAGGGCUGCGUGUCUGAAAAAGUGCAAAGCGGAUUUUUCAGUGUUCAGCGUCUCGUACCCGCGGAGGGAUGUGCUGGAAACUUUCGAGCAGAGGGUGCCGUAUCGGUACAUACAGUACGCGCACUACCAGAUGAACAACCUGGAGAAGGCUGUGGCGGCGGCCCACACCUUCCUGAAGAAGAACCCGACCGACCCCUACCUGACCAAGAACAUGAACUACUACAAGACGCUGUUCGACGUGGAGGAAUAUCUCAUCGACCACGAGGAGCAGCCGUACGAAAGCGUCUUCCUGAAGAGCGUGACGCUCUACAACAGCGGAGACUUCAGCAACAGCGCCCGAAACAUGGAGCAGGCCAUCACGCAGUACUAUGAAAUAUACGCCAGCUGCCUGGCCGGCUGCGAGGGCUCAUACGAGAUCUUAGAGUUCAAAGACUUCUACCCCACCCUGGCAGACCUCUACACUGACGUGCUGAGGUGUCAGGUAAAAUGUGAGGAGCAGCUGACACCCAGCGUCGGGGGCUUCUUCGUGGAGAAGUUUGUAGCCACCAUGUAUCACUACCUCCAGUUCUCCUACUAUAAACUGAACGAUGUAAAGAACGCUGCCCCGUGCGCAGCCAGCUACCUGCUGUUCGACCCGAAAGACCAGGUGAUGCUGCAGAACGUGCAGUACUAUCGCUUCUACCGCGAGCAGUGGGGACUCGAGGAAAAGGACUUUGAGCCUCGGCCCGAGGCUCUGAGGUAUUUUAACACGACAACGAAGCAGAAGGAGAUGCUGGAAUUUGCACUGAACUACCUACAAACAGACGAUGAGGAUGAGGUAAGUCCAGAAGAAGUGGCCAACACUCAGUCCGAGCAUCCUGACGCCGAGUUUGAGGGUGUGGGAGACUACGAGGAGUCCUUCCUGGCUGAGUGGUGGCAGGAACCUAAAACCAAGUGGGACACCGGAGAGGCCGCAGACUGACACCCGUCAUCUCGUGUCCUGUGCAGAGCGCUUGUUGCUCCAGCUCUGCGUCACCUCUCAUGACGACAGACCAACAGUAUUUAGCACCAAGCAGCUGAACAUUAAAACGAACAAACGUAUCCGUCAUGUUGAUCAAGAUCAGAGAUUGACAUAUUCCGUCUUGGCUGUCAUCAGCCUUUUAAAACUGUUCUUUUUUUUUUUUUAUAAUCAGUCAUUAGCCUGAAAGCCAAAUACCUGUUAAUGACUUUUUUUAUUCAGUUUUAAUUUAAUGAAAGCUGAAUCGUGGCAUCGUGGUAUCAGGAAGGUGACAUGUAGCAUUUCCUCUGCUAAAUGAUUUGUCCACCGCCAUUUGGGUUGUUGUUAUAAUGAUGUGCUCUUGAUUAAAGUAAUAUUUUAAUAUA